AAUUGAAUAGAAAUACUAAAUAGUCAAAGAAAAGUAUUGUGUGUGGAAAAAUUAACAUAAAAUAACAAAAUUUUUAUUGAAGGUGUUAACAAAUUCAUUAGUUGUAACGGUUUUAAAGUUACAUGUAUUGUGGGUUUUAAACAAUACAGUUUAACACAAAGAACCCUAAACACUGGAAAUAUUUGGGAUUUUAACGUUUUACAAAUUUUACAACAGCCAACUUGACAAACAUUAUUCGGAAAAUCCAAUUAAAAUCUUAACAAUACAAAUGGGAUUAAAAGCAAUAACAACGAAAGCAGCAACAAUUUUACAAACAAAUCUAGCUUCAAGUGAUGCAAGAAAAGAUAAACAUUUAAAUUUUUGAUACAAAAGUGUUGUCAACAUUUACACUGGCACUUGAAUAUACAAUUGUACUUGAUUAUAAUAAUGAUCAAUAAUAUUUGUGAAACUAAUAAAUCUGCAAAAACAGACACGGCCUUUAAAGCAACGACAACAGCGGCAAUUGUGGACAACAGACACAAUGAUGGUGAUGAGGCUCGUGAUGUUGCAACAGCGAAUAAUAACAACAACAGUAGGGGUGGGAUAGUUCAAACUACAUAUGGUCAUGGCGUUUGGUAUAGUGAAAUUAUUGAUGGUGCCAGUAAUACAAAUAAUAAUAAAAUUUUCCAUCAUCAUCAACAACAACAAUAUUACAAUAAUGCCAAUAAUAACAACGGCAACAACAAUAAUAAAGAAAAUGUAGUCAAUAGAAAUGUAUGGUCAACAACGCGUAGUGAUAUUGUAAAGGACCAACAACAGAAACAGCAACAAACUCUUAACAAUAAUACGAAUAAUGAGUGUGAUAUUAUUAUCGUAGAUAUAGAAAAUGAUGACAAUGAUAAUGUUGAGGUUAAGGGGGAACAGCAUCCAAUAUAUAGUGUACCUCAAAAAUUUUUCAUGAAUGCAAAUAUGCAUUUUUCCAAGCAACAACCAACAACAAUUUAUGACAGCAAACGUUGUGUGGCAAAAACUAAUACACAACAUAUUGCCAAUGAUGAAAAGGUUGAUAGCAAGGCUGUCGUAGACAAUAAUAUGGGUGCGAUAGAUGACGAUGAUGAUGAGGAUGAUGAUGAUUCGUUUGCAUCAAUGGAAACCCUUUCGGAUAAUGUCUCAAUAUGGAUAGAUGGUGAAAAACAUUGGGUGGCAGGUGUUGAUGCGAAUACAACCUGUUCGGAUCUAAUCUGGGCACUGCUCAAUUAUCAAAACGGACAACACACCAGUCAGCAGCAAACGCAACAGCUUCAGCAACACCAACAUGCGUUUGCGUCAAUGCCAUUGGAAAAUGGGGAAAAUAUUGCUACAUCUGUGAUUAACAAAACAAAUAGCAAUCAAUGUGAAAAGCAUAUAAUGCAACAGCAACAUCAACGACAACAGCAGCAACCACCAAAAGCAUAUGAUACAAAUGUUAUAGAUUUUAGUUUUAGUAAGAGUACAAAUGAGGACAAUAGCAAUAUGCAAUGCACAGGCAAUAAACCAAAUAUUCCAAAUACAGCUAAUACCAACAACACUACAAAUCCCAAUACCACUACCAACAACACCAUUACCACGACUAUUAAUCAAUCAAUGCCAAUAAAUACCAAAGAAAAUUGCAAAAUAAUCCCAAACUCAACUUUAGCAGCAGCAACGACGCCUGCAGAAGCUACAUUAUCAGCCACACCGAUUAUAUCAUCAUCUGCACCUGUUCCUGUUAUGACACCACCGCCACCUACACUUUUACCUCUAACAUUGCCACCUGGCAUCACAACCGUUUCGCAACUUGCCACCGAGUAUGUCAUCGUUAAACAGUAUCAUCACUGUGAGGAAUAUCUUGAUGGUAGUACAAAAGUUUUUGAUGUUAUGCCACGACGUGAUGGUUCGCAUAAAAAGGAGUGUGAAUUGUUGUUACGUCAUUUGGGUCCCGCACCAGCCGUGUACAUCAAUAAUACAACGCCACAGUUGUCAUCAUUAAUCUCCACCGACAAGGACAGCGGCAUGGGUAGUCCGGUGGGCAGUGCACGUAGUGCUAAAUUUCGCCGUCGCAAGCAUAAAUCAUCACAAUGGCUGGCACAGGCCAAUACUCUGCAUCCGAAAUUAUCACGCUGUACAAUGGGCAAUGAGCGUCUGAUGAAAAUAAUUUUAGCUCAGGAUGAGACCAUACAGCGGCAAUUGUCUCUGUUACGUGAAAAGGAACGUCAAAUUACCAAGAUUGAAGAGGAGAAACAUCGUAAACGUGAACGUGAGUUGGGUAAAAACUACUUGCUGGAAACCUAUUUAAAUGGUUUAGAUGAAGCCGAAUGCGAACCGGAAAUACAAGAUGGUGAAGAGAUUUUUAUAGAUGAACCAUAUCAUCGAGCAGCCACAAUACCAGCAAUGCUACAAACAACAACAACAACAACUCCUAGGGCAACAAUUAUGCCGGCAGGAGCAACGUUAGCUGCUGGAGCUAUAACCGAUAAUAUACCAUCAGCAGCGCAGGCAUUUAAUAUGAUGGCAAAACAUAAACUCAAGGAUAAGGAAGUGAAAAAAGAAAAGAAAAAGAAACGACACAAAGAAAAAUCAACAAUGGAUGAGAAAACUACGGCAAAGGAUUUUAAUUUAAAAACAAAUAAAAAUAAAGAUAAAGAAAAGGUGGAUAAACAACAACAACAACAACAUAACCAUCAACAGCAUGAAUUGAAUGCUAUAGAUGGUAAGCAUCACCUCAAGGACAAUGAACAGGAAAUUGAAAUGCAAAUAUUGUGGUUGGAAAAAAUCUACACUCUAAAUAAACAACUACAAAAGGAGGAAGAGCUGGCUGCCAAAUUGCAUGGCAAGGUACGUAAACAUCAGCUAAGAAUGGCCCAACAGACACAACGAGAGGCACAAAUGGAAAUUGAAAAGCUAGAUAAUAAUUUGGCUCUACAGUGUGGGGAUAUACGUAAAGUUGAAGCUAACCUGAUGCAAACAAAUGAACAAUUACAAAAGAAAUUGCUUAUUUUAGAACGGCUUAGUAUAGAGUAUUUGCAGGAGCAACAGGAAAAGGAUAUCAACGAUUCGCCACAAGAUAUAAAGCAGACUACUCAAAGACAAGCGGAUACCAAGACUAUAACAAAAGACUUAACAAAUCCGCUUAGAAAUGAUACCAACACUAUACUCACUAACUUGGAGAAAUCUAUAGAUAUACAAAAAUUAUCCUUAAAUAACAUUAAAUCAAAAGAAGAGGUAAUAAAAUUAGAAAAGAUUAUAGCCAAACCUAGUAUACAAUUAUGCUCUAACAACAAGGAGCAGUUGGAGCCAAAACAAGCUGUAACCGUGGCUAAUAAUCCUGCAAGAGUAAAUAUGAAAACAACAGCAUUUCCUCUAAUAAAACAGCAACAACAGCAACAUAAUCAAAGACUUACAAAUGAAAUAAGAGCAAAUUCCAUAAAUGGUACUUCAAAUGCAACGAAUCGUAAUGUUACUAUUACAACUACAGAUAAUCAGCUAGAACAUCAGCAGCAGCAACAACAACAAGAACAACUAGCAACUCCCCCCAUAAUGUCAACAGCAGUUACAGCAAACACUUUGCACAGUGAAGCGGCAUUAUCUAACAGUACAAUGUCAACGUCAUGUAUGUUUAUUGAUAAAAAUAUGUUGUCCUCAUUACAUGUACAAAAUGCCAAAACCAUUAAGAAACAAAUGUUUCAUACACAAACAACAACAGCAACAGCAGUAGCAACAACAACAACACCACCAGCAACAUCUUUAUUACCACAACUACCACCUCCACCACCGCCACAACCAAGUGCAUUCCCUAAACAACAAUUUCAACAUAUUCUACAGCAACAUCAACAACACAUGCCAAUGGCAUCUACAUUUCUAACCUCAAGGCCACAAAAUUUUCACCAAAUACCAGCUACAAAUAUUGUUUUAGUACAACAACCUUCACCCUUCUCUGCUCCAUCAUCUUCUUCUAAUUUUACAACAUCACCAUCGUCAUCAUCAGCACUAACGUCAUCAUCUGUAGCAGUACCAGUAGCAGCAACAGUAUCCAUAUUGAAAGCCUCACAACCACCCACCUCAGCUUCUCCCUCACCCUCUAUAAUGGCCAUGAAUACUGUAGAUAUAAGUCAAUUGGGUACAUUGGUCUAGCGCACAUGGCCUGGCCGAAGUAUAUAGAAGUGAUGAUGAUUAUGAUGACUUAUUGUGUACAUUAGAGAAGUCUCAUU